GCUGCCGUGGAAAUUUCUUCCACGUGGGAGUUUCCACGUGGUUCGUGUGCAAACCUAAGCUGACGUCACAGCACUGCUUCCAUAGAAAUAUAUAGGUGCAACGUUAGGUGAAUACAAGGAACCCUCGUGUAGUUUUUCUGCGUUUUUGCGAAAGAUAAGUGAGAAAUGUGAUAUAGUGCAGUAUAUAUACAUUAGUGAGGAUUCAUAGUGUUUAUUUAGUGCACACACGUUAUACGCACAUGCCACGAUAGCUCAUCACUUUGAGGGUAACGCAGUAACACAACAUCAAUACAAAGUCACGAAAGAUUUUUCCAAACAUUCGUCACUUGGCACAGUUUGUUUUACAGUAAUAGCAUUAUCAAUAUCGUUGGCACAAUAAUACAGGUAAAAAAAUGACAAAAUUCAUCAACAACAUGUCAUAUCCAAGAUGUUCAUUUAUGAUAAAAGACAACAUUAUAAUGGGCAAAAAAGUUGGAUGUGAUGGCUUGGAAUCCAUGAAUAUUGGAAAACUAAUUUUACAAACUCUUAAUUCUGAUCUGAACUAUGUUGCACAGGUGGAUGCAGAAACGGGAAGAGAAAUAACAUUUACGGAAAUAAGAAACAAUAGUGUGAAAUUAGCGAUCUGGAUGAAAUUUGAAGAGGUUUAUCCAGGGGACUUAAUAGGAAUAUGCACGGAUUAUCCUGUGAUGCUGUAUGCCAUUUUGGCGUGCUUAUAUAUCGGUGCUGUUCCGAUAGUGCGACAAUACAAUAAAUGCACAGACUUGGAAACUUCAUGUGAUUUUGCGCGUGUCAAUCCGAAAAUUUUAUUCGUCAAUAGAAUACAGAGCAAGGAGUGCGAAUCUACCAAAAAUUCUAAAAUAAAUAAUUUUGAGAUGGUUUCAUCAUUGAUAGUUCCCGGAUCAUCACGAUUUUUGUACAAAAAGUUUAGUUUUGCUUACGAUGUUCUCAUUGCCAAUAUAGACAAAUGUUACAACGUGAACAAUAUCGAAAUGUUUGAUUGCACGGAAUUAGAUGACUUUAGACUACAAACUGCGAUGAUAGUAUAUACUCGCGGUAUUGAAGGUCCAGCUAAAGCCGUGAAGAUACCUCAUAAAGCAAUCAUAGCUCCAGUAAUCUACGAAGUGUUUAGUGUAUUGCCCGGUAACGUAGGCAUGUUGAUGGAACAUCACUUUCUGUAUCUUAAUUUGAUACUGACCAUUCAGUCGAUAUUGAUGUACAAGCGAAUAGUUAUAUUUAAGGAAGGCGACAUGAUGAAAUUUUGGAGAGCUAUAGAGAUAUACAAGGUAAACUGGGUGCGACUUGAAACUAAUAUGUCUCAAGCAAUCCUAAAUUCUAUAGACUCUCUCACGGCUGACAUUUCUUCUUUGAAAACGUUAAUUUUCAGCGGUUCAAGUAUGAAAUAUUGUAUUCAAGCAGAUCUCGACAGGUUGUUGCCAGAAACCUCUGUCAUAUCAUUAUAUGGUACGACGGAAACAGGUAUAAUCUCUUUUCAAAGAUUUAACAGAAAAUGCGGAUCUAGCGGAAAAGUGGGUAGGAAUAUUAAUUUCAUGAUCACCGACAUUUCUGGAACAGUAUUAGCUUCUAAUAUACCUGGUAAAAUCUGGUGCAAAUGUUACGGUAUGUCAAAUACAUAUUAUGACGCCAACAUAGUUUCUAUCCAAAUAACAAAUGAUAAAGGAUGGUACGAUACCGGAGAUAUAGGCUACUACGACGAUGAUGGUGACAUUUAUGUUAUUAAUCGAGCCGCGGAUCUUGUCUGUUUUAAAGAAACCUAUUACUCGCCAACAAUAGUUGAGAAUCUAAUAAAAGAACAUCCUAAUGUGGAUGAUGUCGCUGUAGUGGAAAAGCCAAACAACACCAAUGAGCAAGUUCUAGUGGCGUUUAUUACGGAAAAGACGGGAAAACAUGUGGAAAAACAAGAAAUAAUAAAUAUAACGACAAAUAUAACGUGGACCUGCAUGAAACUUCACGAUGUGCUACUGUUGGAUAAAAUGUGGUAUCGAUUGGAUGGAAAUAUCGAUCGUAAUUAUCUUCGUUAUAAGGCAAAUUUUGGAGACACCUUCAUAUCAUAAUAGAUAUAUAUUCAUUGAAAUCAACAAUUAUAUAAUAAUAUUAAAAGUAAACUUGUUUUUAUAAGUAUGAAUAAACUUUUGCAGUAUUGCUAUAGUAUUGAUUAGAAUAGCGUGAAAUCAAAGAAUCACGAAAACAUUUUACAAAAUUAACUCUUUUCAAGAAACUUGCGCGAAGAAAUCAUUGUGUAAAGUCUGUAUAUAUCUUAGGAUAAUAACUUUUCAAUCAUUACAUCAGAAGAUUUAAUGUACAAUGGAGUUUUUCAAUUUUUGUGCAUUGCGCAAAACUCAUAUUUCGUGUGCAUUCCUGAGGUUGUUAUGAUGGAGUUUCCAGAAGAUCCAUCUUACUUGAAGAAUAAGUGAUAUGAUAUCGCCGACAUCUCGACAAUUAAUUAUAAAUAAACCACUUAUUUCUCAUGGAAGAUAGUUGAGUGUAAACUCACAAAUAUAACAUUCUCGCACGAUUACGAAAUAUUCAAAAGAUCGUAGUUUGUUACAGUUUUACC